AUGCGAAACCUAUUGCAUCGGUUUAUAUGGCCAUGGAUUUGGCAGUUCAGUUCAAAGAUCUCAGCAUUCGUGGCCUGGGUUGUUCGGCCCAUCCACUCCGUUUUAUCUCCAGUCGGAGGCAGGGAAACUAUCCAAGGGGAUGAGGAACAACAGCGUCAUGCCAACUGCUCAUCUAUCGCGGAUACAGUCAUUACGGAACGAGCCGUUAUAGAACGCCAAAGCGAUCAGCCGCUCUUGAUGAUUGGUAUUUUUGCCAAGGUCUAUCUUCUAGACGGAAAAACCGUUAGAAAAGUACCCCGCAGUGAGAACGAAGAAGAUAUACAUCCAAUCAUUCGCGAAGCCAUGAUAUAUGACACCAUUGGCGUUCAUCCACGAAUUGCCGAGUGCACAUCGAGAGGUAGUGAUCGGGUCAAAUUUGUCGAUAUUAAAUUUUAUCGACACGGUGACCUUGCCAGCUAUUGUCAGAAGAAUUCCAUUACUUCUGAACUUCAGUCAAAAUGGUUCCAGCAGAUUUUGGAAGCUGUUGUUGUUAUUCACUCUUUUGGCGUCAUUCAUUCGGACUUAGCGCUACGGCAAUUUUUUGUCGACGAUAACCUCGAUCUUCGCUUAGGCGAUUUCAAUUCUUCUCAGUGCGCUGGCCACCCAGCACUAGGUUACGAGAAAGCAUCACACUGCCUACCUCGUGAUUACGAACUUCCGAACACAGAGUCUACUGAUAUUUUUGCUUUGGGAUCUACACUUUAUGAACUGGUCGCGGGCAAGGCUCCGUAUGGCGAAUUAAAUGUAGCUGAAUCCGCUGAUCCUGAGUCCAUAAAGGCACAGAUCCAGCGGCAACAUGAGGUGAUCGAUUUCGAGAUCGAAGAGCGAUACAAGAGGCAGCAGUUCCCAGAUGUUACAGGCUAUCAACGUGGAGAUGUCAUACUAGGUUGCUGGAGAGGGCAAUUUGCAACAGCAGCGGACGCGCUCGAUUUCUAUCUACGAUCACGAAAUACCAUGUAA